GACUCUCACUCACUUCCCGCCACGUGUCCCCACGAACUUUCCAUCUUCUGACCAGAUAAACCCUCCCUCACCACCAUCUGCCACACUUUAUCCGCUCCUCAGUCUCGAACGCAGCAAACCCCCCAAUAAUCCCUUUAUUUAUCCACUCCACUCUAUUCUUGUUUCGCGUGUUGGGUUCUUGCAUACUCUGUUUUUCUGGGUCAUUUUCCUUCUUGGGUUUGGGGAGAGAUGGAUCACGCGGCGGAUGCUCACCGGACUGAUUUGAUGACAAUAACCCGGUUUGUGCUGAACGAGCAAUCCAAGCACUCGGAGUCUCGUGGGGAUUUCACUAUCUUGCUCAAUCACAUUGUUCUUGGUUGCAAGUUUGUUUGCUCUGCUGUUAACAAGGCUGGUCUUGCCAAGCUAGUUGGACUUGCUGGUGAGACUAAUAUUCAGGGUGAGGAGCAAAAGAAACUAGACGUGCUUUCAAAUGAUGUUUUUAUCAAGGCUUUAGUGAGCAGUGGUCGAACGAGCAUCCUUGUCUCAGAAGAAGAUGAAGAGGCAACAUUUGUGGAGCCCUCCAAGCGUGGAAGAUACUGUGUUGUUUUUGAUCCACUGGAUGGUUCCUCUAACAUUGACUGUGGAGUUUCAAUUGGAACGAUUUUUGGGAUUUACAUGUUGAAAGAUAGCCACCAGCCAACUCUAGAUGAUGUGCUGCAACCUGGGAAGAAUAUGUUGGCAGCUGGCUAUUGCAUGUAUGGAAGCUCUUGCACGUUCAUUCUGACUCAUCCAGGCAUUAAGAUUCCAAAGAAAGGAAAGAUCUAUUCUGUAAAUGAAGGAAAUGCUAAGAACUGGGAUGGUCCAACUGCCAAGUAUGUGGAAAAUUGCAAGUUCCCCAAAGAUGGUUCCUCCCCGAAGUCUUUGAGAUACAUUGGAAGGUAUUAUGCAUUCUCUACCUAGCAGCUGUGAAAUUGAAAUGUAACUUGGUUGCUAUCUAGUUGUCACAAUUUCCUUGACAUUAUCUGCACUCAUUUUAUUAGUAUACUAAAACUAGCAUAAAACUCUCAAUUGGUGAUGACAUAGAAUGAUUAACAGGGACCAUUAUUUCGCUGCAAGCUUCAAUAUCCUGUAUGAAUAAUAUGAUUAUUGAUCU